AUGAAUAAAUCCCUGGCCCUCCUGGUAAGGGGGUUGUGCGCUGGGCUAUCUACUCAGCCACGGAAAGAAACUUAUGCUACAGAAACAGAAACAAGGGAAAAUCAAUUAGUUCGGUGUAGACAGAUAGAAACCUCUGCAGGAAUGCAGCCUAUGACGAGCGACAAGACUCUGAGAAACUCUAUUCUGUCUCUUAAACAAACGUUAAAAUUUGGUUGUUGGAAUGUUAGAACUAUGAACGAAACAAGCAGAACUGAUCAAACAAUUAAGGAAAUGAAGAGAUUCAAGCUUGAUAUAUUGGGUGUUAGUGAAUGCAGAUGGACUGAUUCAGGAAAAUAUAAACACAAUUCAGGUACAGAAAUUUAUUAUUCAGGACGUACAGAUGGUAGACACCAGGAAGGCGUAGCUAUUCUAUUGAGUAAGAGUGCAAGCAACUCUGUUGCAGAAUGGAUAGCAAUAAAUGAAAGAAUAACAAAAAUACGAAUGAAGACCAGUUAUGGACACAUGACCGUUAUCCAAUGCUAUGCCCCAACAAAUGAUUAUACAGAUAACGAGAAAGAGAUUUAUUAUGAUAAAUUAAAUCAAAUCAUAAUGGAUACACCAAAGCAUGAUGUACCUACCAUCAUUGGAGAUUUUAAUGCAAAAGUAGGUUCAACUAACAUAGGUUCAGAAGAAGUGAUGGGGAAACAUGGGCUUGGAGAAAUUAACAACAAUGGUGAAAGAUUAGUGGAGAUGUCAACAGGAGAACAACAAGAGAGAUCAAAAGAUCUAUACAAUAGUAAGGAAAAAGAAGUGAAAAAGAAUGCUAAGGCAGACAAAAAGGCAUACAUAGAUAAGAUUGCAAGAGAGGCUAAAAAUGCAUCUAAAGUUGGAGAUAUGAGAAAGCUAUAUAACAUUACAAAACAGCUUAGUGGCAGAGUAAAUACCAACAGUACUCACAUCAAAGAUAAAGAUGGUCAGACAAUAUGCAAAUUUGAGAAACAACUGGAAAGAUGGAAAGAGCAUUUUGAAGAGGUGUUGAAUAGGCCUGAACCAAAAAUCUCAGUUGACAGAUCAGAGGAAGCUCCACCACCAAUAGAAAUAGAAAUGGGACCCAUUACAGAUGAUGAGAUCAAAGCAGCCAUUAAAAAACUUAAAAACAACAAAGCUCCUAUGGUAGAUGGCAUACCAGCAGAAGUACUAAAAUCAGACAUAAAUCUCAACGUGAACAUCCUACGUGAUUUGCUGCAUGAAAUAUGGGAAAAAGAAAUACUACCUACCCAGUGGAAAGAUGGUACAUUAUGUAUCAUCAUAAAACUACCAAAUAAAAGUAACCUUACAGAUUGUAACAACUGGCGUGGAAUUACUUUACUAUCAGUGCCUGGUAAGAUACUUUGUAGAAUAAUUUUAGAACGAAUCAAAGACAAAAUCGAUUCCAUUCUACGGGAAGAACAAAGUGGAUUUAGAACAAACCGUGCAUGUAUAGAUAACAUCUUCAUACUGAGAAAUAUUAUAGAACAUGCACUAGAAUGGAGGUCACCAAGAUAUAUAAAUUAUGUGGAUUUCGGAAAAGCCUUUGAUAGCGUCCAUAGAGAGUCACUCUGGUACAUCAUGAGUAUGUAUGGAAUUCCACAAAAAAUAAUUAACAUCAUUAUGGAAAUGUAUGAUGGUUUUAGAUGUGCAGUCAGACAUGAUGGAAAACUAUCAGAUUGUUUUUAA